CGUAAGCGUCCACCAUUCUUCAGGUUCCUCAGUGUGCGCGUGUGGACCAAACAUCUGACCCAAACACACACCAGCAGAACACCACCACCACCACCACCACCACCACCACACUGAGCCUUCUGGAAGGAGGAAGAGUCACCAUGUCCGGCAGCUGGUGGAGCGGUCCGGCGGUGACCCACGGGCUGAUGGCUCUGUUCGCCAUGGGCUCCUGGAUCUCCGUCAAUAGCCUGUGGGUCGAGCUCCCGGUGGUGGUCAAUGUCCUGCCCGAAGGGUGGAACCUCCCCGCCUACCUGUCCGUGCUGAUCGCUUUCGGGAACCUGGGUGCGAUCGCGGUGACCAUCACACACCACUGUGCUCCAGGGUGGUUGAAUGAGCGCAUCGUCAUCCACUGCAUCCAGGUCCUGGCUGUAGUGGCGUCUGGUUUUCUGGCCGUUUUCUGGUCACACACUGUCGUAAUAGCAGGAGAGGAGAGGUCACUGCCGUUCCUGCUCUUCACUUUUCUGUUGUCUUUAGUUUGUUGUACGUCCAACGUCACAUUCCUGCCUUUCAUGUUCAGCUACCCGCCUCAGUAUAUUCGUACGUUUUUUAUCGGGCAGGGUUUAAGCGCCUUGUUCCCCUGCGUCGUGGCUUUAGGACAAGGCGUCGGGAAGCUGGAGUGUAAAACUGUGAAUGGAACGGUGCAGCCGGAGUAUCUUAAGGAGAGCUUCCCUGCACAGAACUUUUUCUGGUUUUUGUUCGUCAUGUUGUCGGUAUCAGCGUUGAGCUUCCUGGCGUUGACGCAAAGACAGUCGACGCAGCAAAACGACUCGCAAACACAAGAGUCCGACAACGGUGCGGCAGAAAAGAACGGAGAGGAGACGCAUCCUCUGCACAACGGAGGGACACCGGUGUCUGAGGACCAGGUUCAAGUGGAGGAACAACCACCUGCUCCAACAUUCUGGACGCCGCGGAACAUCUACCUGCUUGCUCUGCUCGCCGUGUCGAACGCACUCACCAACGGCGUCCUGCCGUCGGUGCAGAGCUUCUCCUGUCUACCAUACGGAACCAUGACCUUUCACCUCUCUGUGGUCCUGGGCAACAUUGCAAACCCACUGGCCUGCUUUCUAGCCAUGUUUUUUGUCCUGAGGUCUUCUGGUGGUCUGGGCUUCCUGUCUUUAGUUGGAGGAGUGUUCGCUGCUUAUCUGAUGGCGUUAGCGGCGCUCAGUCCCUGUCCUCCACUCCUGAGAUACUCCAGUGGUGUGGCCUUAGUGGUCAUCUCCUGGAUCAUUUUCACCGGCGUCUUCUCCUACCUGAAGGUGGUCAUUGGGACGUUGCUUCACGAGGCCGGACACGCCGCCCUGCUGUGGUGCGGCAUCUCCAUCCAGGCGGGGUCCCUGGUCGGGGCCCUCACCAUGUUCCCUCUGGUCAACGUCUACCACGUGUUCACCCGCGCCCAAGAAUGUGUCGACAACUGCAGUUAACAGGAAAAAGACACAGGAAGUGACUGUUUGGAGGCUGUUUUCAGGGUCCAGACCUUCUUCUUGUUUGGCCCCGUCAUUGUCGGGGGGUCAAUCUGCUGAUUUAAAGCCUCUCAGCGUGUGAGAGUAAGAACAUUCCCUCAUAAUGGGAGCAUUGUGUUGCUGCACAUCGGCUGAGGGCAGACGAAAAUGUAUGAUGCAGUAAGACCACAAGUGCUUUGUGUAGUGUUUUAAAAUGAAUUUCUGUGAAUCUGAAGUUUGUUUACAACAGAUGAAAGAUUGUUUUCACUACAAUAUAGUCAUGUGGAAACUCAGGGACCCCAUCAGUUGAUCAUUCUUUGGCAUUUGUUGCCCCUGUGUGGACUGACAAAAACAACUAUUCACAAACAGGAAUGUGAAUGUGAAUUAUAGACUUAAUCCCAUUCCCACAGAAAACAACAACACAAACACAGAGUGUGUUUAUUUACACUCAGCGGCUCCUACCUCUGCCUUUGAUAACAUCUAAAUAUAAAAUCAGACUUGAAUGAUUUUACUCCAGUGCACAGUAUUAUGAAAAAUUUACCUGAAUUUUUCCACGCAUUAACUUGAAACAGUCAUGGAUCCAGAUGGACUUGUCGUGACAUUCCAUUAAAUGACUAAUUUGCUUCACAAAACAAUACUUUAACACACAGGUGUCAAACAUGUGGCCGGGGGGCCAAAUCCAGCCCGCCAAAGGGUCCAGUCCGGCCCUUGGGAUGAAUUUGUGAAAUGCAAAAAUUA